GAAAGACAGCGUUAAACUACUCAGCCGAGGAGGAUGGGGACUCCCUCAUCCAGCGUCGCGUUCGUAAAGCGCAUGCGUCGGCGGAAUACUAGUCUCGUGGGGCGGCUCCAGUUUUUCAUGCUGACCAAUCAGGGUGCAGGAGAGGGGCGGGGCCUUGCCCUUACUGGCGGGCGUGGCGUCUGCGCGCGGGUUUCGUCGCGGAGCGCUUGUUCACGGAAGUCCAUUGCGCGCCAUGGAGUCGGGUCUGGUACGAUGUUUUGCUACUCGUUUGGGGAUUACCGAGCCGGCCGUGCUUAGGAAAGCAGAAGAGUUUUUGAGACUGUCCCAGAUCAAGUGUGCUGGCCUGUCAGCACAUACCACCGAAACCAACAAUGCCAUCAUGUGCUUGGACCUUGCAGCUUCCUAUAUGAAGUUCCCCUUGGACAAGGCUUAUUUAAUUAAACUCUCUGGUUUGAACAAGAAGACAUAUCAAAAUUAUCUGAAAUCUUUUGAGUGCUUACUGGGCCUGAAUUCAAAUGUUGGAAUAAGAGACCUAGCUGUACAAUUUAGCUGUACAGAAGCAGUAAACAUGGCUUCAAAGUUGCUGCAGAGGUAUGAAUUCAGUCUUCCACAGACACAGCAAGAAGAUCUUGAUUUAUCCAAGCCUCUGUUUGUCACUGCUGCACUACUUUCAGCCUGCAAGAUUCUGAAGCUAAAAGUGGAUAAAAACAAAAUGGUAGCCAUAUCUGGUGUUAAAAAAGCCAUAUUUGAUCGACUGUGUAAACAGUUAGAGAAGAUUGGGCAGCAAAUUGACAAAGAGCCUGAACAGUCACCUUCUCCACCUCAAAAGAAAAGGAAAACAGUGAUCAGCCCUCCAGCAAAUGAAAUUGAGAAGGAAGUGGAUCAUCUACUACCUAAACCACAAAAAGAUGAAGAUGUGACACAGGAUUAUGAAGAGUGGAAAAGGAAAAUUUUGGAAAAUGCUGCCAAAGCUAAAAAGGCUACUGUUGAGUGAUUUCAGCUUCCAGAUUGUUUCAUGUUGCAAAUUGACAGUUCGUCUGCCACCUUAAGGAAGAUGUAAAGGUUUUGGAAUUUUGUUUGAAUGUUUGUUAGCAAGGAUUCUCAAACUGUUCAUUUAAUAGCAAAAGAGCCAGUACUUGGACUGAGUUUUGGAAAAGAAAUUGGCAGCUCUGAUGUGAACAACAAAUUUAUCACCCAUAGGGUCUUGGUAUUAUUUUAACUCACCCACAAUCUCUGUCCUCCAACAACAUGGAAUUGGAGCCAGUUUGUUUUCUCGUUUUGUUUUAAGCAACAGUCUCCAGUCCCAUCCCGUAUAUAAAGUUCAGACUAAGUGGAGUUUUAUCAGUUUUACUUAAGUUUUUAUGUAAAUUUCUUGGUUUGAAUCAUUAUAUAGUAUGUAUAAUAAAUGUAUAUAUUACUUAAAAUAAAUAUUAUUUUUAUUUUGUA